AUGAAGCAUGUUGAGAGUACCUGCAUGGGAAAGUUGAUCUGGAGUCCGGGUCUCCAUAACCGCUGGCUUGUCAAUGAUGUGGGGUCUGCUACCAACGCGGGGAAACUUGGGAAAGUAGUGUCGAGUCAGGGAGGCGCGUCAAGGAUAUGUCCGAAUAUUUUCCUCAAAGAGUUUGAAGAUAUUGAAGAGCAUUAUUUGAUCAAUGAACAUCUCAUUGUACUGAGAGCAGUUUGA